CCAUAGAUGGACUAGGAGUGAGAGCCUGGGAGGCAAUACUGUAUGAAUGCGUGAAAAGUUUACAUCUCUUGCACGUCUCUUUAUGGCGUAGCCUAUCCUUAAUGAGCACCAGAGACUGUGACUAACAUGCUCUAUUCGAUUUUAGUCUCAUGGUCUAGUUUCCCAAAUUUGAGUCUACUGUAGAACAGUUUUGAGAAGUUAACCUCAUGACACAUUAGAAGAGGAUAAAAACAAAUUGCUGUUCUGGUGGACUGGACAGAGGGACUGGGGGAGAAUCCGUGAGAAUACUCGCAUGGCACGUAUGGAUUACAUGUAAGGCCAGUGUUGGUUUCGCUGCAUCUCUGGGGGAAAGUCAUCCGAGAAGCGUAUUUUCAGGAGACCAUGGACAGCCUCGCUUCCAUGCCAGAGGGAUUCCGUUCAGCCUGGAUUGAUGUUGGAUUUACCCGGGGCUCCGAGAGCUCACAGCCGUGAAAUUGAGAGUGAAAGACGCGCUAUGAAAUAAUAGGCUAUUUGUAAGAUUGGUGCCAAAUGUAGGCUAUUUAUGUUCUGGAUAUUUGAUCAUGUUUUAUUUUCUCAACAAGCGUUACUAAACGCUACUUGGAAUCUUGUGGUCAACUUCAAACAGUGGACACUUUUAAAAGGAGCGCUUUGGUGACAAAUUUGUGGAUCUAUUGAAUUAGGCUGUAGGAUUACCCACGGAAUUCCACUCUCAAAUGAUAGUUUCAAAGUCGUUUGUUUUGUUUCCAUUUUGUCGCCUCGCUCUUUCAUUUCAUUCAUUCGCCGUAUCACUUUGUUAACCAGGUUAAAGCCUGAGAGUAAGAGAAAGAAAGCCUCUGUCUCAUAGCGCGCCCAGUGUGCACACGGGCACCAUGGUCGGGAUGUGGGGUGGCGGAGGUCUCCCAAUGUCUGUCACCGUGGUUGUGACUCUGCUCCUGGCUAUUAUUGACGUGAAGGCGAGUGGGGAGUACUGUCACGGUUGGCAUGACACCCAGGGCACAUGGAGAGAGGGCUUCCAGUGCCCGGAGAAGUUCGAUGGUGAGGAUGCCAUCAUCUGCUGCGGGAAAUGCGAGCUGCGGUACUGCUGCUCCAGGAAUGAAGCACGGCUGGACCAGGGGACUUGUGACAACGACAAGCAAGCCCAGCAACCUGGCACCGACAGCAAAGAGAACAAGGAGACGGGCGCAGUACCCAUCUACGUUCCCUUCCUGAUCGUGGGCUCUGUGUUCGUGGCUUUCGUCCUGGUGGGUUCCGUGGUUGCCGUUUGCUGUUGCAACUGUCUCCGCCCCAAACAGGAACUGUCAUCAGGGGGCGGGUCUGGUGGCGGCCGUCUCCUGGAGACUAUUCCCAUGAUGGCUAGCGUGGGAACGUCUCGCGGUUCCUCUUCCCGCCAAUCAAGCACGGCCACCUCGUCCAGUUCCUCUGCCCCUCCUGCCCAGGUGCCUCGCCCGGCCCCCCAGCCCAUGAUGCGUGCCCAGGCCUCCUGCUGUCUCCCUCCAGACGCCAGUGUCUUCGUCAACAUGCCAACCAACUUCUCCGUGCUCAACUGUCAGCAGGCCACCCAGAUCAUGCCCCACCAGGGACAGUUCAUCCACCCCCAGUACAUCGGCUAUGCCACCCACCACAUGUCUCCACCCCAGGGGGUCUACCUGGACCCCAGCCAGGGGGGCUACAGACAGCUGCAGUCCCCCUACCCCCCACCCACCAGUGUGGCCAGUGUCACCAGCGAGCAGAAGUACCCUCCAGUAACAGUUUAAGCCAUUUUGGGGACUGUGUGUAACAGACCUUGUGAGGGCCUUAUGGGGACUGUUUGAGAAACCUUAUGGGGACUGUGUGAGAAACCUUAUGGGGACUGCAUUAGAAACCUUAUGGGGACAUUGGGAGCUCGCCAGCUUGGAGAGAGAAUGAUAUGGACUCAGGCUCACACAGAGGACUCGUAAAACCGAAGCUGGGAUCUGUGCCUGACCAGCCACAGUGUGUUGCGUGUGUCUGUCCUACAUGUGUGUGAUAUGUAAAGGUUUGGCAGAUUUGCCUCAGGGUAAAGAUUGUGAGUGAGCUGACCUCACCCCAACAUUGAGGCAGGGGUAUGUCUGUCUGGUUGUCCUCAUUCAGCAACACACAGAGGGGUGAUGCUGCCCACCAAGGCCAAUGACUCGCAGCAGAGUGUGUGGGUUUAACGUCUUGAAGUUUGUCAGUGUAGCGUUUGUUGUAUGUGUUUGUACAUGAGUGAAUGUGUGUAUGUACAGUACGAGUGAGGGUGCUGUGUCCAGUGUGGCUAUGUGUGUAUGUGACUAUAUGUACAGAAUGUGCUGUGUGUGUAUUACUGUCAGUGUAUGUGGUGGUGAGUGGGUGUAUGUUAACGGAUGUACUAUGUGUGUGUGUAUAUGAGUGUAUAGUAUGUGUGUAUAUGAGUGUAUAGUAUGUGUGUAAAUGAGUGUAUAGUAUGUGUGUAUGUGUGUGAGGACGUGUGUAUAUGAGUGUAUAGUAUGUGUGUAUAUGAGUGUGUAGUAUGUGUGUAUAUGAGUGUGUAGUAUGUGUGUAUAUGAGUGUGUAGUAUGUGUGUAUAUGAGUGUAUAGUAUGUGUGUAUAUGAGUGUAUAGUAUGUGUGUAUGUGUGUGAGGACGUGUGUAUAUGAGUGUUUAGUAUGUAAUGGGAAAUGCAGGCGGUGUGAUGUGAAAAACAGUCCCUCUCUCCCUGUAGGCCUGUUGAUGUCUAAUGAAGUGAACACAGGACACAGACUGUGACGCUCCAGCCUUACCCCCCCUCCCCCUCCCCUCCCCCACACACACACACCUACCCAUUGCCUUGAGCGGAAACGCACACACACUUGCAUAUACACAAGAGAACCCACUAAAUUAAAAUACACAAACACUCACGCAAGGACUUGGAAAUAAAUGUGCCUGAAAGGAGGUGUGUGUGUAUAUGUAUGUGUGUGUGUGCGUAUGUAUGUGUGUGUGUAGCUGUGAUCGGCAACCUUCUGAAGAUUGCAGAAAUAAUAACGCAGUAAAAGCUGUCUGCCAACUGUUCCACCUCACUGAGUUUCCCUCCUGUGAAAGAGGUGUGUGUGCUGGUGUGUGUGUGCGUGCGUGCGUGCGUGCGUGCGUGUGUGUGUGUGUGUGCUGGUGUGUGCGUUUACUGAAGGUAGACUGGAGUUGUGCUGGAAGGUUUCAGGGCAUUUUCAACAGUUCUUUUCACUUCAGGAGGGUAGAAAAAGAACAGCAAAAAAAUGGACCAGACCCACUGGGCACACCACAUCAUUUCAGGGUGGCAGGGUAGCCUAGUGGUUAGAGUGUUGGACUAGGAACCCAAAGGUUGCAAGUUCAAAUCCCCGAGCUGACAAGGUAAAAAUCUGUUGUUCUGCCCCAGUUAACCCCCUGUUCCUAGGCCGUCAUUGAAAAUAAGCAUUUAUUCUUAACUAACUUGCCUAGUUAAAUAAAGAUUUUUUUUUUAAAAUCUACGUGGGUUGUUGGGUAAUAUUUGGUCGAGACGACCCGUUAGGCCCCUAUACACUCAAAAAGACAGCCAAGGUUAGUUGAAUUUCCAACGUGUUAUCACUAUGCUUUCAACCAUCUACAACCAAAUUCUAAUGGAAAGACCAUGUCUGAUUUUUGGUUUAGUUGUCCCCCAAAUGUCUAUCACUGUGCCAACCAUUUAAAAGCACAGCAAAGUUCAAAUGGGAACACAAUGUCAGAUAUUUUGUUUAUUUAUACAACAGAUUAUUGUGACAUCACUGUGUUUCAUCUAUUAGCCGAACCAAAUGACCUGGAUGGCAGUUGAGAUGACAUUCAAAGUACGUGGAGCAAGUGAUCAAUGCCGUUCGAGAUUCUUCACAGAUUAUUAAAGCCAUUGUGAAGAUCUCCACAGACCUAUGAUGACCGAUGCAUGCUAUCUUAAACAUGCAUACUUUAUCUAAUUACAUAAUGUAUAGUUACAGUAACCUAAAAAUGUGGCCAUGGAUGUGUUACUCAUUUUAAGGUUGAACUUUACAUUUGUUUGUAAGAUAGAGUAAAUAUCCUUAAGUUAAGGCUAUUACAAAAGUAAUAUUGAAUUGUUUGGUUGACAAUGCAACCAAAUAUCAACAUUUUAAAGGAAAUGUAUCUACUGUUUGGAUAGUUCCAUUCUUUAACUUUUAUUUUUGGUUGAGUUGGCGACGUGAAUACAACAUAUAAUUUGUUAACUUGUCGACAAAUAAAUAUGUUAUUUAUGUUAUUUCAAAAGUGAUAUUGAAUUGUAUUUGGAUGUCAACACAACCAAAUAUCUUGCCUGAUGACUCACAUUGAAUUAUUCCACUGCUCUAUCAAUUGCUACAUACUUAAUUGCGGAAAAUAAAUAAACAUUUGUGGCGUUUGGCCGGAGCAAAGAGACUGGGUAAGUCAGCCAACCAAAUAUCAACAUUUGAAGGAGAUUUAUCUUCUGCUUGGAUAGUUCCAUCUGUGUUACUAAUUUAGUCUGGCUUUAAUUACAGUUCGUCUACAAAUUAAGUUUGUCUCCAUCUCAACCAAAAAUCUAAGUUAAAGAAUAGUACUAAAUCAAAUCAAACUUUAAAUGCACUUUAAAUAAACUUUGAUUUAGUCCUAUUCUUUAACUUAUAUUUUUGGUUGAAAUGGAGACGGGAAUCCAACUUAUGGUUGCCUUGAAAACUAAACACAAUUCAAUAUCACUAAAUAUCAUUUCAUUUUUAUCAACUAGAGCUUGAAACUAGAGGUCUUUAUCGGCUCCAAAAAGUUGGACCUGGAACCCGAACGGACCCGAAAACAAUCAGACCCGAACACGAAUGGACACGACAACAACCGGUCCGGGUCUAGACCAGACUCGAUUGGAGCGGUGUUACAAAAAAUGUAUGUUUGCUAGCCAAGUUGCUCCGUUAAACCUACACUUUGGAAUGACUUCGAUAGCAGCAUUGAAUUGAUCUAGUUUCCCUCAACAAUCAUUCUCCUAAUAGUACAUAGGUAAGAGUCAGUGACAUCAUAGCUAAGCUGGGCUUGGUUAAAACCCUGGAUGGGAGACUAAAGGGUAGCUGUAGAUAGAUUAGUUCUCCAGUAAGAGGUGCUGCCCAGCCGAUUAUUUUUUUAAAUUCUGAGUAGAUAUAACGUUGAAGAUUUGACUGUGUUUUAACGGCACAAAUUCAACACAUUUUACACAAGGUUUGUCUAUGUUGGAAUUUGGUUAACAUGAUGACAUAAUUCUGUGGUUGAAAUUUUACCCUCGAAACAAGUUGAUGACAAAAAAAAAUCCUAUAUAUUUUAAGUUAUGUUGAAACAACGUUGAUUCAAUCAGUUUGUGCCCAGUGGGAACACUUUUCACUAUGUUGGGUAGCUGGUCUUAAAGGUGGCUUUUGGACUCACUUCUACUUUGUGCCCUGUUAUAGAACUGUCUCUGUAUUAGGACUGUACACAACUGACCCCAAGUUCCAGUUGAUGAAACUGCAGAAAUGCAUAGGUGUCCCAAAGUGAACUAACCUGACUGUGUGUUUUGUGUAUUUCAAGCACAAUGUCUGUAUGAUCAACUGUGUGUGUGUGUGUGUAUCCUGAGGUUGAAUGUGUACCUGCUCCCUGUGAAACACAGUGUCCUUUUUCAUAUGAAUUUUAAUAAAUCAAUAUUAAACAGUG